AUGUCUCCUACCUUGCUCAGAAACGUCGACACGGUUGAAAUUGUGAACAUCCACCAGGAUGACAUGGAAUUCUCGCUGGUGGAUGAGAUCUACAAGAGCCUGGACCCACCGAAAGGCAAACCGCGCUCAUUCCCUACCCUUUUACUCUACGACACCAAGGGAUUGAAGCUCUUCGAGGAUAUCACCUACUUGGAUGAAUACUAUCUUACCAACACGGAGAUUGAAAUCCUGACAAAACAUGCGAAGAGGAUAGUUGCACGCAUUCCGGAGAAUGCCCAGCUGGUGGAGCUGGGAAGUGGAAACCUGCGCAAGGUCGAGAUUCUACUUCGAGAAUGCGAACGGGUUGAAAAGAAAGUGGACUACUAUGCUUUGGACCUCUCAUUGGGGGAGCUGAAACGAACAUUCUCAGAAAUUUCGCCCGAGAGCUUCACCCAUGUAGGAUUCCAUGGUCUUCAUGGAACCUACGAUGAUGGUCUCGACUGGCUGAAAAUCCCAGAAAACCGCAAGCGCCCGACGGUAGUCUUGUCGAUAGGCUCAUCUAUGGGCAAUUUUAGUCCUCCGGAUGCUGCGGAAUUUCUUGGUAAUUUUUCGAAGCAAUUGAACCCGUCCGAUUUCAUGCUUAUUGGAUUGGAUGCAUGCAAGAACCCGGAGAAAGUGUUUAAUGCCUAUAACGAUGCCAAAGGUGUUACCCGUCAAUUCUAUGAGAAUGGCCUCCUGCAUGCCAAUAGGGUUCUUGGCUUCCAGGCCUUCAAGGCUGGUGAAUGGGAGGUCUUGACUACGUAUGAUCCCCGUGGAGGACGGCAUCAAGCCUGUUAUGCUCCGAAAGUUGAUGUGGUCAUCAAUGGGAUCAAGAUUGUCAAGGGAGAGAAGCUGGUAUGCGAAGAGGCAUGGAAGUACGGUCGCAAGGAACGGGAUGAGCUGUGGCGCAAGGCAAACCUCAUUUCCGAGGUCGAAUUUGGAAAUUUGACAGAAGAUUAUUACCUUCAUCUGCUAUCACCUGCUGCGCUUCAUAUCUCUAUGAACCCUUCAAAGUAUGCAGCCCAGCCGAUCCCGAGUAUCGGAAAUUUUCAAUCUCUGUGGAUUGCAUGGGAUCUCGCGACCAGAACCAUGGUCCCUCGCGAGGAGCUUCUGUCUAAACCGAUCAAACUCCGAAAAGCACUGAUCUUUUAUAUUGGGCACAUUCCGACAUUUUUUGAUACUCACAUGACGCGGGCUUUGCAAGAGAAAUCUGUUCAGCCCAGUCAUUAUAAGCGGAUUUUCGAGCGUGGUAUUGACCCGGAUGUGGAAGAUCCAAGCCAAUGCCAUGACCACAGCGAAACACCUGAUGAGUGGCCGCCAUUGGACGAAAUUCUCGACUACCAAGAGAAAGUGCGGACUCGUGCACUUACAAUCUUACAAGAGGGAUAUGCGUCGCAAGACCGCGCUGUUGGAGAGGCCCUUUGGAUUGGAUAUGAGCACGAAGCAAUGCAUCUCGAGACUUUCCUCUACAUGCUAAUUCAGAGCGAUAAAACUCUUCCUCCCACAGGAGUUGAUCGCCCGAAUUUUGAGCAAAUCAGUCUCCAGGCAAAGAGAAACGAAAAGCCAAACAAAUGGUUCACCAUUCCACAACAGACUAUCGAAAUUGGAUUGGAUGACUCCAACGAUGAAGUUGUACCAAAUAAAUCUUUUGGAUGGGACAACGAGAAGCCUCAAAGAAAAGCCACCGUGAAUGCCUUUGAAGCUCAGGCGAGACCCAUCACCAAUGGCGAAUAUGCCAAAUACAUACAGGGUAAUGGUAUUCAAACAUACCCUGCGUCUUGGGUAUUUAACCAGGGCCAAGACAAUCCCAUUUCCAAGGGUGUUGGUUCCUCAGGCGCCCAGGCCGGUUCGAGCUCCAGUCCUGCAGGUUUUUCUCUGGAGGACGUCACGGUUCGAACCGUGUUCGGACCUGUGGCUCUAAAAUUUGCACAAGACUGGCCCUUGGUUGCUUCCUACGAUGAAGUGGCCAGCUAUGCAAAGUACAUGAAAUGCAGGAUCCCUACGUUUGAAGAGACCAGGAGCAUAUAUCACUACGCAGACCAACUCAAGGGUGAUAGAGUUACAAAUGGCCACAGGAAUGGGGUGAACGGGCUUGAUAAUGGUAGCAAGCCCCACUCUACUGAUCAGACUACUUUCCGUGAUCUCACCGGUUGCAAUGUUGGCUUUCAAAACUGGCACCCUGUUCCUGUCACACCGAAUGGCGAUCGGUUAGCUGGUCAGAGUGAAAUGGGAGGUGUUUGGGAAUGGACUAGCACGCCCUUGAAGCCGCACGACGGCUUCAAAUCUAUGGAUAUUUACCCUGGAUACACAGCGGACUUCUUUGAUGGAAAACACAAUAUCGUUCUCGGGGGCUCCUGGGCAACUCUGCCUCGCAUUGCUGGCCGGACGACUUUUGUCAACUGGUAUCAGCAUAACUACCGUUAUACAUGGGCGGGUGCACGUCUAGUUAGAGAUCUAUAG